GUGAGGAGUGGAAUCAUCCUGAUUGUGCACCUAUCACCAUGGUUGAGACCCGUACUGGGUAAGAGACUAACCCCUAUAGUCAGGAGCAGCAAGAAAAGAUGGCCGCCUUAGUCAGAGAGAACAGGGAGAGGAAAGAGUGUGAGAAGCAAGCGAAGCUAAAGGCUAUCGCAGACGAACAGGCAGCGAAGAUGAAGAGAUUGGAGGAGGAGAUGAAGAAAGUACAACAAGAGGAGGAAGAAAGAAGAAAAGCUGCUGAAGCAGAAGCGGCAACAGAAGAAGAGAAAGAGAGGAUGAGGAUUGAGAGUGAAGAAGGGAGUAGUGGUGGCACGAUGACGAGGGAGACAGAUACAGGGAUGGAGAAGAGGAUCAGCGAGUGGGUCACUAAUUUAUCGUUGGGAGAAGACGAGGAGGCGGAGUCCUAUGUGACUAAGGAUGAGAAGGCUGCGCUGGCCGCUGAGCUAGCAGCCAUGACAGACCCGAUGGAACGAAGAGAGAGGGAAGACGAGCAAAAGCUAGCAUGGAAGUUGAGAAUGAAGAGGGAGAAGAAGAGGAGGAGAGAGGAAGUGAAUAAGAUGACCGCAGCAGUGGCAAAGGUGCAGGAGUGUAGAGCGGAGGUGCUGGCCCAACCAGACGAUAAGGCCAAGUGGGACAAAGUACUGGGGUACCUGGAGGUGUUGAGCAAGGAUUGGAUGGAGGAGCGCCAGGCAAGUUGGAGCCAGGAUGUAGCGUUGAGUGCCAUGCGGUCAGGGUUUAGAGAUUUUGCGCGCGAGAUCGUCACCCAUAUUGGGGGCGAAGUGAAGCAAUUGAGAGAUAAUGUAGGGAAGUUUUGUGAGGGCGCCAUUCAGGGUGCCAAAGCUGUAGCCGCUGUAGAGGGAGAGGCCAGACCCCUUGCCAUGACUGCUGAAGUAGCGGCUUCACUUGCGAACGCCCUGCGGGUCUCUGCUGGUCGAGCUCUCCGUUGCUGCUGGUGUCUCUCCCUAAGCUGGCGGAAUAGUAACAUGUCACCCUCGGGUCCUAAUGCCAUGUGGGCUAUUGGGCAUCUCGCCGAUCGCAAGAUCCUGUCGUCCUCGCUAGUGGUCUGCCUGUCGCUCAUAAGCUACAAAACUAUACACAAUCUGCACUAGGUCACACUUGAUGCCUACCGCAGCAUAAUGCACAGACCGAUUUAAAAUAAAUAUCAAUAAUCGGG